AUGCAAUUAUAUGAAGGACUUCCUGAGCCAAUGUAUAAUCGCAAUCAUGCGGCUUGGCCAAUAAUAUCCACAGCUGCACCUUUCGCAUUACGGAAUCUUCUCAAAAGUAAUACGGACAUCCGUAUGGGGGACAUGGCUAAAAAAGUCGUCAACCAUCAGCUCGAGCAUUGGGAAGAAGCGAAAUCCAGAAUCUGCAAGGAGAAUAUCUCCCUGGGAAAUCCCUGUAAUGUCGACCUGGACAAACUUGCCUUGAAAGAGCUUGGCGAGCAUCCCAAGGCAGAUCUUGAAGCCAUCAGGGCUGCUCUACAGGAAGCUCGCUAUGAGGGAGGUGAACAGUUAUGGAAUUGGUGUCGUCUUCCCUAUACUGUCAGAUGUCUUGGACUUGCGGAAUGUCACUUUGGGCCUUCUGAACGUGGCAAGAAACGUGCAAGGACUGUCUCAGAUGGGCAUUUUGUUGCCGACGUUGAUGAAUGGAUCCUGAAAAACGAGAGUUAUCUUCGGAUUCUAUCUCGUCGCCACAACCUCAAGUUGAUCCCGGCUGACGCCCCGCACGCUGUUUCAUCAUGGAAGUAUGGCCUUGUGACUGUGGGGGAUAUCCAGUCCGUCAUCCCUGACUGCACCAUAAUCAGUGAUAAGAAAGGCGAAGCGCUGGAAAUCAGACGCCGACCAGUCACUUCAUUUCCUGGGUAUACUGUCCUACAUGCAAAGAGACAUCAGAGCAUCUUCCUCCAAACCUCCAAGGAAGGUUUCAAAAAGCGAUGGGAUGAGAUGACCGAUGGAAUACUGACUGGACUGGAUUGGUCAAAUGUCUUCGUUGCUGGUGGGAUGGUACUUUCCACUCUGCUCACUCCAGAGCUUCCGUCGAAGCUCUCCAGCUCUCCCGGAGCUAAAAAACCUAAGGAUUCUGAGGAUUCGGACAUCGAUCUUUACAUCUAUGGCCUCCCCCCUCAGGAAGCGAAUGCAAAAAUUGAACACAUCGAGACAGUGUACAAGAAGAAUUUGCCUCCAAAUGCGCCGUUCUUCGUAGUUAGAAAUUCUCAAACAAUCACCUUCUACUCAGAGUAUCCUCGUCGACGGGUCCAAAUUGUCCUGAAACUUAUCGGAAGUCCUCGGGAGGUCCUCCUUAACUUCGACCUUGAUGUAUGUGCAGCGGGAUACGACGGUGCAGAUGUAUGGUUGUUGCCACGGUGCGUACGCGCACUCGAAACCGGUUUAAUUGUGUUCACAAUGGACCUCAUCGAUGGACACUAUCUUGGUGAUCGAAAGGCUACGCGCGAUCAGCGUGUGUUCAAAUAUGCCAACAAGGGCUACGGAAUCUGCAUUCUUCCAUCUUACCUGGAUUUUCUUGCUGUGUACAAUGAUCCCGAAGCCCUUACAGAUAUUUCUCGGGGCGAAGAUCUCAUAGAGAACUUCUCUAUCGACUCCGCUGCCAAGGACGCUCGUGACUGGACCUCAACAGUAAUUAAACGCUAUCUCUUUGUGGGACAUGGGAAUAAGCCCUUCCACGUUGGUGUUCCUCAUCUGAACACCGACUUGACCAAGCCGAUUCAAUCACCUGAUGGCAAACCUGUCUUCUCGCAUGCAAUGCUGGAAAGUUAUGGCCAGAUAACCAGCGAGCCUCUCUGGCGAAGUUGCUUGACAGAUUUUUCCCUCUUCAUGAGGCAUGUUGCCCUCUGGGAAGCUGAGGUCGCUGGCGAGAUUCAUAUAUUUGAAGAUUUAUUUGCUUCCGACGCCUAUGGUGAAGGCAGUCGAUCGUUUAUUUCCUAUGAUGACACACCAGCAUAUAAGUGGGAUGCCGAGUUCAGUAUCCCCGAGUUCAAAAGGGCCAUCGAGAAGUUCAACUCUCGUGAAUCGGACUUCAGUGACAAUUGGCGUACUUUCGCAAAGGGCCAAAGCUUUGGUCGGCUUCCAAGAGACGUCGUCGCUCGAGUCACUUAUGGCGACUCCGUUCUGGAAGUGAUGAGUCCCGGCAAGGACAUUCGUAUCCCCUUGGUGAUGACAACCAGUGUAGUGGGCUGGGCGAACGAGAUUAUUGAGACGGCACUCCAAGAAUGUGGUAUGAAGUUCGGAAGUGAACAACCUUUGGUGGCUUUUGGCCCGAGUGAGGACGAAGACUAUGAGGAUUCUCGUGAUGAGACUGUCGCUCUCUGGCGUUUGGAUAAAACCACAAACUGGCAAAUGCUUGACCGCCGCAUCGAUGAGGUCCGCGAAGUUCUCUGGGCCUUCCAUCGCGCAAACGAAAGAAUGAUCGCGGAGCAUGAACGUCGGCUCAAAUACUUCAAAACGAACAUCUCUCGCCGCGCAAUCCGCGAUUCCAUAGAGGAUGAAGCGGCAGCAUUUGUUCGAUGGGUGGGCCGAAAGCCGUUCGAACAAGAUACGAAAAUCAAUGCCCACUAUUGGCUUGCUGAUUAUGAGGUGGGAGAGGAUGAGGAUUUGGAUAAGUGA